UUUCUUCUAGGCGGUUUGGUCAGUGGCAUGUUUCUUCUAGGAGGUUUGGUCAGUGGCAUGUUUCUUCUAGGAGGUUUGGUCAGUGGCAUGUUUCUUCUAGGAGGUUUGGUCAGUGGCAUGUUUCUUCUAGGAGGUUUGGUCAGUGGCAUGUCUCUUCUAGGAGGUUUGGUCAGUGGCAUGUCUCUUCUAGGAGGUUUGGUCAGUGGCAUGUCUCUUCUAGGAGGUUUGGUCAGUGGCGUGUCUCUUCUAGGAGGUUUGGUUAGUGACGUGUCUCUAGGAGGUUUGGUCAGUGGCAUGUCUCUUCUAGGAGGUUUGGUCAGUGGCAUGUCUCUUCUAGGAGGUUUGGUCAGUGGCAUGUUUCUUCUAGGCGGUUUGGUCAGUGGCAUGUUUUUUUCUAGGCGGUUUGGUCAGUGGCAUGUUUCUUCUAGGCGGUUUGGUCAGUGGCAUGUUUCUUCUAGGCGGUUUGGUCAGUGGCAUGUUUCUUCUAGGCGGUUUGGUCAGUGGCAUGUCUCUUCUAGGCGGUUUGGUCAGUGGCAUGUCUCUUCUAGGAGGUUUGGUCAGUGGCAUGUUUCUUCUAGGCGGUUUGGUCAGUGGCAUGUCUCUUCUAGGAGGUUUGGUCAGUGGCAUGUCUCUUCUAGGAGGUUUGGUCAGUGGCAUGUCUCUUCUAGGCGGUUUGGUCAGUGGCAUGUCUCUUCUAGGAGGUUUGGUCAGUGGCAUGUUUCUUCUAGGAGGUUUGGUCAGUGGCAUGUUUCUUCUAGGAGGUUUGGUCAGUGGCAUGUUUCUUCUAGGCGGUUUGGUCAGUGGCAUGUUUCUUCUAGGAGGUUUGGUCAGUGGCAUGUUUCUUCUAGGCGGUUUGGUCAGUGGCAUGUCUCUUCUAGGAGGUUUGGUCAGUGGCAUGUCUCUUCUAGGAGGUUUGGUCAGUGGCAUGUCUCUAGGAGGUUUGGUCAGUGGCAUGUCUCUUCUAGGAGGUUUGGUCAGUGGCAUGUCUCUUCUAGGAGGUUUGGUCAGUGGCAUGUCUCUUCUAGGAGGUUUGGUCAGUGGCAUGUCUCUUCUAGGAGGUUUGGUCAGUGGCAUGUCUCUUCUAGGAGGUUUGGUCUGUGGCAUGUCUCUUCUAGGAGGUUUGGUCAGUGGCAUGUCUCUUCUAGGAGGUUUGGUCAGUGGCAUGUCUCUUCUAGGAGGUUUGGUCAGUGGCAUGUCUCUUCUAGGCGGUUUGGUCAGUGGCAUGUCUCUUCUAGGCGGUUUGGUCAGUGGCAUGUCUCUUCUAGGAGGUUUGGUCAGUGGCAUGUCUCUUCUAGGAGGUUUGGUCAGUGGCAUGUCUCUUCUAGGAGGUUUGAAGCUCUGCUCUCACUGGGAGGUGCAGGGUGACAGUUAA